GAUCGAAGAACCUUCGAAUCCAGCACACACCAACCACGUCCCCGACCUCCCCCUUUAAAUUCACCCAUGCACACGUCGUCGCAAAUCACAUCACACAGCUAAAGCUAGCUUAAUCCGAACCAAGCAAUGGCUGCCUCCUCCUCCUCCUUCGUGUUCGCGGCGGCGCUCCUCGUCCUGGCGGCGGCGACGGCGGCGCAGGCGCAGAGGGAGACGAAGCUGCGGGUGUUCUGGCACGACGUGGUGAGCGGCGGGCCCAACUCCACGGUGGCGCAGGUGGCGGAGGCGCCGACGACGAACGCCUCGGCGACGGGGUUCGGCGCGGUGGUGGUGAUCGACGACCCGCUCACCGACGGGCCCAACCUGACGGCCUCGCGGCUGGUCGGCCGCGCGCAGGGGAUGUACGUCGCCGCCGGCAAGGACGCGCUGUCGCUGAUGAUGGCGAUGAACUUCGUGUUCGCCGGCGACGGCCCGUACAACGGCAGCAGCCUCGCGAUCCUCGGCGCCAACCCGGCGGAGCGCGCCGUGCGGGAGAUGCCGGUGGUGGGCGGCACCGGCGUGUUCCGGUUCGCGCGCGGCUACUGCCAGGCGACGACGUGGUGGUUCAACGCCACCACCGGCGACGCCACCGUCGAGUACAACAUCCAUCUCCGCCUCGAUUAAUUCAUUCAUUCAUUCUCAUUACUUGAGACGAUGAUAUUGAAGAUGAUGAUCGUGUUGAUCAGUUCAUUUUACUGCCGGUUUUUGCUGUGUGUUGACCAGUUGAUUACUAGAAUAUAUAAGCUGGGUGUGGUGUCAUAUGCUUUUUUUUUCCCUGUAAAAAAACGCUAGCUAUGAUUUUUGUUGUUGUUGUUGUUGGUAGGGGUGUAUUCUUGAGGAUGAUUAUUGUUUAUAAGUUCUUAAUGUGUUUUAGAAUAAUGAGAGCUUCAUUAGCUUACCUUUGUUACAAUUUUUUAUUUUGAUGGAUGGUAAUAUUCCUCCAAGAUUUUUGUGCA